ACCCUACGAGGCCAUUACUUAGGGUUUUGACUGGGCAGAGUUGCUCUUCGAAUUCCUAAUUUUCAAGAAUCAGCAUGGCCUCGUCUUCGAAACCCAUUCCUUUUAUCGAGAAAAAUUAUGGGCUCGCAUUCCACCAAUCAAUGCAACAACUCGUAGAUGAAAUACACAAAGAAACAUUAAAUUUGUCUCAUUUCAUCAAUGUAUUCUACCGAUUAAUGCAAUCGAAAGUUGAUCCUCCUAUAGAAACGAUCUGGAUCUACUCUGCUUUGUCCUUCAGGAGCCGAAAAAAAGCAAACCAGGAUCUUUCAGAUCAUAUUCUGAUUGUAAAGGAACUGUUUCAACUUAUUUCGAGAUGCUCAGGUCCGUGUGGUGCUUCGAAAAGCAUAGCAUUGCUAGCUCCUGUUGUUUUCCAAGUUUAUAAUUUGGUUGUUGAGUUAUUGGGCAAAGAUUUGGGAGCUAGGAGAGUGAAGAAAGCUGCUAAGGAGGCCAAGUCUUUGAUUGGGGAGAUUAUUGGAUAUGUAAGUGUGUGUUGUGGUAAGGAUGUCAGUAAGGAAAGUGAUUCAAAUUUGAGUGUAUCGUUUUUAGAUUUGGCUAGUCUCUGGAUUGAUGGGAACGACGGCUUGAAGGGUUUUUUACCUCUCACGAGUGAUGAGAUAUAUAAAGAGAUUAGUGUUGGAGGGUCAACAGUUGCAAACUUGGCUGGAGUUGUUAUUUCUGAGGUUUUCUUGUUGAAGCUAUGCUUGGAUUUACGAAUAGGGAAUCGAGGGGAAGCGCUGGAGAAGGAACUGAGAAGUUGGAUUGUUGGCUCAAUAACUGGGUUACAGAGCUUCUACUUCUUCGAGACUCUUGUGAGGAUGCUGUUGGAGCCAGCCUUGCCUGUGACUUCACUAUUGGUUAGUUUCUUUUUUUCUCCACUGUUUAAUUCCUUAGACUUUCUAUACUGCUUGAUUUGUUACUUCUCACAAUCAUAGUGUGUGCAUUGUUCUUCAUCUUGUUCUUCCUUAUCCCUUUGGAGCCCUCCUUUCUAUCUGUCUUCUGUACCAUAUGUGGUCACCAUUUAUUUGAACUCCAUUUUGUUUACCCAAGAGGCAGAAAUUUAAACAUGUAUUGUUUGUUUUAAAUAUGUAGACUCUACGAUGACACAGUGGCUAAAGUUCUUUACGCAUGGUGCCACACUUUCUGAUUUAAAACUAGCCUUCAAACCGAACACCUUCACCCACAUGUACAUAUGAUUAAGAGGAACAUCACAGGAGUUCUCAAAAUCCCCCAUUUUCUCCAUUAGAAGUGUCUGGUUAUUAAAGGACCAUGGACUCAUGUCUAAAAUUCUGUUCAUAUCCACAGCAUGAUAAAACUGAAAAACAUACAACCCUCCAUUGACCUCCCUAACCGAAAUCCCAUAACAAGUUUCAUGAGAGCUGCCAAUGUAUGUUUCAUAGCCGUGAAGUUGACUAGCCUCUCUGUCAAGAAAUGUCCGAUCAAGCACAACGAAGAAAUAUCAAAAUCCUCUCCAGUAUUCUCACUGAUCACGACAACCUCUUCACCAUCAUCCUCCACAGAUAACCUAGCCAUGUCUUUCGCCAUACGUUUAGUAUCAUCAGCCGCCAAUUGAUUCGCAGCCAUAAUUUAAGUCAAUAAGUACGAUCAAUAAUCAUUAAGAAACGAAAAUAUUGACGAAACUUGUCAGAGGGACAAGACGAGAGAACACCCUAGAUAAAUCGACAGGAAGAAAUAAGUUAUUGUGUUAGUAUUUAUUAUAAUUAAAAUUAAUAAUAUAAUACUGAAAUCUAAAAAUAAUUUACAUAUUUAUUAAUUUUUAAUAAGAAAAUUGAGAGAGUAAGGAUUCACUUUUGAAUUUAUCAAACACAAAGUGAUAUAUAGAUAAACUAAGUAAUUUCAAGUCAAAGAGAUUUACUAGAGUGAUUGCAAAGUUGUGUUUUGAGUGCAUGAAGGUGGAUAGGGUUUGAUUAAGCUAUUGUCGUUUAUUGUUUCAUUUGCUCUCUCUUAUAUUUUUUACUGUCUUUCAAUAGGGAAUAGUAUCAUCCUCCAUGGUUGUCCCUCAUUGUGAGAGUGUGGCAGUGGCUUUUUUUUUUAAUGUUUUUUUUGUCAUUUAUUUUACAAGUCCUUUUUGUUUAUGUGAGAGGGAUGAAUGCUCUUUAGACCUAAGUGAGAGUUGGUAUCUCUACUUUGGAGAGGAUUUUUAUCAGUGUUAAUGCUGGCAUUUUUAAAAUUAAACUAAUAUGUCCAAUGGUUCACGCGCCCUCUGACCGAUAACCAACUAAAAACUCAUGUCUCCUUUCUCGUAUUUUGAUUUUCCCUCCAGUUGCCUCUAUUAUUUUGCUUUUGAGAAUUUUUUUUCUUUAAUUUUAAUAUAUGCAUGUUUAAUAUU